AUUCAACUGUCAUUACCGAAGGAAUUCAUGAAUGGAAAUUUACAACUAAAUACCACUUAUAUACUAUUUAUGUGUAUUUGUUAAAACUCGUAGGUAUGCCGACAGCCAAGCAUAAAGAUGGAGACAUUGUAUAUGCCAAAUGGCCUGGAAGUGAUUUAUAUUACAAAGCUUCUGUAGAAAAUUUUAAUCCAAUUUCAAACCAGUAUCGUGUGAAGUUUUUAACUGAAAAAGAAGGCGAUGUUGAUGAAAACGUAUUUGAUAUUCCAUCCAAAUACUGUCUAAAUGAAAACUAUCUUCAACCAAAAUCACCAUCUCGAAGAAAGUCAUCAAGCCCAAGUCGACAACGAAAGAGGUCUAAGUCACCAGGUCGAUCCCCUUCAAGAAGGUUAAACUCUUCUGAUCAAUCUCCUAAAAAAAUGCAAAAGACCUCUACACCAAGGUCUCGGUCACCGACUCGUUCUAUUUUGCGUUCAAAGUUUAUUGAAUCUAGUACUAUUGCAAAUGUUCAAAUAACAAAAUUAAUCAAUAAAAAAGGAAGUUCCGAUGAAACUGAUUAUUUCAAUCUACUUGAUUCUAAGGUUACUAUUCCAGAUAUUAAGGCUGCUGAUUCUUCUACUCAACUUGCAGACAGUUUUGAUGACACUACUAAAAAAACAACAUCUUUAUUGAAGAAAAAUAAACAAACAACUCAGUUGAAUGAUGAAAUGAUGAUUACCCGAAGAAUAACAAGGUCUUCUAAUCAGAAAACUGAAGAACUUGAUUCCCCUAAGCAAAUCAAGUCAAACGAAGAAUGUGUUCAUUUAAAAACCAUUUGUUAUUCAGUUCAAUUCUUCAAAAAUUUGCUGUCAUUAACUGGUUACGUAGCGUUACUAUUUCUGACAUUGUCUAUACUUUUUGUGUUGUUUUUAAAUUGCAAAGGGAAAAAAAAGUGUGAACUUAUACGCAUGCCAACUCUAAGACCAGAAAAGUUUGUUCUAGAUACAUUUAUAAAUGUGAAGUCUCUUACAUAUGUAUUCGGAUGGUUUUUAUUUCAAGCAAUAAUUUUAUCAGUACCAAUAGGAAAGCUUGCAUUUGGACCUCCAGUAAAUGAGGGAGUAAAAAGAAUCACAUACAGAUUGAAUGGUUUAUGGGCAUUUUUCACAUCUUUAAGUUUAUUUAUUGGUCUAUUUUUUUUAAAUAAAUGGCCCUUACAGCUAAUCACUAUUCACUAUUUGUCGAUGAUCUCUGCUGCAUUUUUAUUUUCACUUGUUGUUGGAUUUAUUGUCUUUGGUUAUUCUUAUUUUGAAGAAAAAAAUCUACCAUCAGGUGGUAUUAUCAAGGAUUUUAUGUGUGGUAAAGUUGUUUCGCCAUUAUUUUUAGGCCAAUUUGAUCUAAGGGCCUUUAUGUUAAAGGCUGGCUUGAUUAGCUGGGCAAUCAUUGACGUGUGGUAUUUUGCAAAACAAUGGGAACAAGGAAGAUUUUCUAAUACCUCUUUACUAAUGGUUUUGUCAAUGCAACUUAUAUACAUUCUUGAUGCUAUGGUGUUUGAGGAAUCACUUUAUUACAGUGCAACUUUAUCUCAAGAAAAAUGUGGUUUAUUGGAAUCUAUAUUGUUUCUAGUCAUUGUGCCUUUUCUAAAUUCAAGUCAAUUGCGGUAUCUGUCAUUAUUCCCAGUUUCAUUGGCAUGGUAUUGCUAUUUGCCAAUAGUAGUUAUAUUUGCUGUUGGUUAUUACAUCUUUCGAAUAUCUACCCUGCAAAAGUUUCACUUUCGCAGAGAUCCGCAAUAUGCAGCAAUUUCAGGACUUGAUUACAUAUCUACAGGAACUGGAAAAGAUUUGCUUGCUGAUGGAUGGUGGGAUUGUUUGCGUCAUCCAAAUUACUUUGGAGAUUUUCUUGUUUGUAUUGCUUUCUCAGCUCCGUGUGGUUUCAAGCAUUUUCUACCUUGGGUGUGGCCUACCAGUUUGAUCUUUAUCUUCAUUUAUUCUGCAAUGAAGGAAGAAAAAAAAUGCUUGGUAAAACAUGGUUUGGCAUGGAAACAGUAUUGCGAACGUGUUAAAUACAGAAUAUUUCCAUACAUCUGGUGAAAAAUUGAUUUAUAGGUGGAAUUUAUUGAUUGUCUUUGUUAUGAAAAUAUUUUAUUUGGUAACAGAAUUUGGUUACAGCUUUUAAUAUCUUAUACAGAGGUUUUAAAAUAAAUUAUGAAUAGAAAAUAUAGCAUAUUUAUUUGUUUUUAACUUUUUAAACAGUUUAUGGGAUUUAUUGAUUUUUUUGUUGUUAUUUAAUAUCCCACUAAGUAUUUAAUUCUAUUUAGAAUUAGAGUGUACAUUUUUAUUGUUAGAAAUAAAUAUAUUUAUGUUUUA